AUGGCUUACAACGAUGACUCCGUACUGGCGCGACUUUCAUCGCUCAAUGAAAGCCAUGACAGCAUCGCUACUGCUGCGCAAUGGAUCAUGUUCCAUAGGCGUCAUGCAGAGCGAACUGUACAACUCUGGCUGCAACGUCUUAAAGAUUCAUCCAGCGCAAAGCGAUUGAGCUUGAUUUAUCUUGCAAACGAGGUGGCCCAGCAGUCCAAAAUUCGGCAUAAGGAUGACUUUAUUAUUGCUUUUGCGCCUGUGAUUGCCGAGGCAGCUUCUGUUGCAUAUAAGGGAGCACCCGCGGAGCUUCAGGCAAAACUGAAGCGCGUGAUUGAUGUCUGGAGAGAUCGAUCAAUCUUCGAAGCGCCCAUUCAGGCUGCCAUCGAUGCUCGUAUCGGGGAACUUGACAAGGCUCGUGGCAUGGCCAAACCUGGGUUUUCCGGCUCUGCGUUUGCUAGCGGUGGUGCUGCUGCCUCUGCCGGUGCCGCUAUGCCAUCCGAGUUUGCUCCUCUUGUGUCUGCUCAUCAAAGUGUCACCAAAUUGAGCCCUCCUCUUAAGGCCACAGUUGCAUCCGCGAGUCAGGAAUACGAAAAACAGACCGACCCAUCGACACCUGUACCUUCUGCUCCUGUCUAUGCUGCUCGCCUGAAUGGCCUCCUCAAAACGCUGGCCAACGCCGAGAAUGCAGUUGCUGAGUGCGUCAAGGCCAGGGAGGGCCUUGUUUCUGGACUUGAGAUGCUACUAAACGCCAAUCGCGCCGCAUUGGAACAAGAGAAGUCCGAUCACGCUCAGCUAGUAUCCCGAAAGGCCGAGAUUGAAGAGAAGAAGCAACAGGUUGAGAUUGGUAUCAUGCGGGCGCUGGGUCCAGCAGAUAGCAACGGGAACCCAGGAGACGCAGAGUCUUUGAUUGCCCCCGCCGAGCCAGACCGACCAGAAAUGGAGGCGCUCACCCCUCCAGCUUUUGACCCUUUUGAUGCGCCUACUCCUGAGGCGUUGACACCCGAGGGUGAACCUGCUGUUGCUCCCGCUCCUGCUACCGAAGAAGAGACUGCGUCUUACCAGUCACUGCCGAUUUCGACCAAUGGUUCCAACAAACGUCGUCGCGUCGAUACUGAGGAGUUUCCUGAUCUAGGGGGAGACGAUGGCAUCGAUGCUGAUGUUGCUCAGAUGCUCAAAGAGAGUUCCCAGUCAUGA